CGAAGCAGUUAUGGGGGAGGGUUGUGCCGUUUAUUUUUAUUAGAAUACUUCGCAAUUAUUUCAAAAUACUCGAGUAUAAGUGUUUAAUAGUGCCAAACUAAUAGACACGCAUAUAAUUGCUAGGAACUGUUAUAAUAUUUACGGAUCAAAAUGUUUGCAAUAGUUUUAUUUCUGGCUGUUUUUCUACCUACAAAUUCAGAGUACAUUCCACCUGGCCCAGCAUACACUUGUCCGAAAGAAACAGAGAGCCACUUGCUGUUCCCAUGUAUAUGUGAGAAAGGGACAGAUAACGGUUUGUUCAUAAAGUGUUCUAACACCGGACUGGCUGUUAUGAGUGUUGGCCUCGGAAAUCUAGCUGGAUUGGGAUUGCCAAUUGAAAGAUUAAUGCUGCAAGAAUGUAAAAUAUCACAUCUCUCCGGCCCCCUGCUGCACAGGUCCACCGUUCGGAUCCUGGCGAUCUUCGACACGCCCAUCAGGUCUAUAGACGAGCACGCCUUCGCUGGCGUCAACAGGACUCUACAGGAGCUGUAUAUGAGGAACACCAAGUUAGAGGAGUUCCCUAAGGAUGCUUUCAAGAUCCUGGGUAACCUCUCAACUCUGCAGCUCGAUGGUCAUGAAAUAAAGUCCCUCAGCAAGGAUAUAUUUGCUGGAAGCCUUGCCGUUGGCAAGUUGGAGAACCUGCAUAUCAGCAAUGGACACAUAUCUGACAUAUCACCUGAUGCCUUCCAGUAUUUGAAAAAACUCCGUAAGCUAGACCUGCAUGGAAAUAGGCUGGUGACCUUAAAGAAAAGCCAGUUCAAGGGUUUGAGGGAAACUGAGGUUUUGGACUUGAGUUACAACAAUCUUACGAAGCUAGACGGCAGCCAUAUUGGAGACCUAACUAAACUGGGCUGGUGCAACGCUAGCCAUAACCGACUGCCGGAUAUACCCAGGGGUAUGUUCGCAAGGAAUACAGUUAUAAAAGUGGUGCAUUUGGACAAUAACAAUAUUAAGAAACUGGACACAAAUAGCUUUAGAGGCAUGAGGUUUUUGAGACGUCUGUAUCUUCAGGACAAUGAGAUAUCAGACAUAGGACGGGGAACGUUCUCAGCGAUCACAAGAAUAGGAACAGUGGACCUCGCCAGGAAUCAAAUCACCAAGGUGGACUUCCAGAUGUUCCAGCAGGUCAAAUACGCUGAGUUAAUCAAUUUAGCUGAAAACAAAAUAACACUCAUAGAGAAACAAGCAUUCACCGACCUGUACUUGGCCACCGUGAACAUAAGCCACAACGAGCUCUCGAGCAUCGAACCCAACGCCUUCCAGAACUGCAACAACAUGACCCUGUUGGACUUGAGUCACAACAGGCUGACAGAGAUCAGUAAGAACGCCUUCGAUGAGAAUACAUACGCAUCUGAACUACAAUUGUCUUACAACGAGUUUACGGAUUUGGGGCAGGUUCCUCUCCACAACAUGACAGGAAUCCGUGUGUUGAACGCGUCUCACAACCAGAUCGCGAUCAUCCCUCGCGCGGUGUUCCCCAAGCUGUAUGAGCUUCAUACAGUGGACGUGUCAUACAACAAUCUCUCUGACAUAUACAACGCGGUGUUCCAGAACUUAUUCUCAAUAAGAUAUUUAAACCUCAGCCACAACUCGUUGGAGCAUAUCAAGCCGUCGACAUUCGGCACGAUACCUACAGUACUGGAGCUGGAUUUGUCGUACAACUUGUUGGUCGACGUGUCGCGAGGAAGUCUCGCCAAGUUGGCGAGUUGUCGGCUACUGGAUAUCAGCCAUAAUUAUCUGGACAAGAUAUUUCAAAUACCCAUCAGUUUGGGCGAACUGAACUUCGCGUAUAACAACCUGAGCGAGAUUCGGACUAGCACAUGGCCCUCUAUGAACGCGUUGCUACGACUCAACUUGUCGCACAACUUGUUGGCGGACGGGUUGUCGAGUGACGCGUUCUCGAGCCUGCUCACGUUACAGUCGCUGGAUCUGUCGCACAACGGGUUGACUCGACCGCCGUGGGAGGCACUCAACACGUUGACCAGCUUGCAGUAUCUAUAUUUACAGCACAACCAACUAACGGAACUAACUCGCGCCGCGUUCGGAAACCUCCCCACCACGUUCCAGGUGGACUUGUCGUACAACAAGCUGUCCAGCAUCGAGCAGCGGUCGUUCGAGGGUAUGCAGCAGCUGUUAGACCUGUCGUUGAGAGGAAACCAGCUUGAAAAAAUACCCAAUGAAGCCUUCAAGGGAUUGGUUGCUUUGAGGCGACUCGAUCUCUCGUACAACAGUCUAGAUAAAAUCAACAACAAAACACACGGUUUGCUGGAUGACUGCCUCUCACUAGAAUCUGUGAACCUGAGCCACAACAAAAUAGGUUUCCUAAACAAGAAAAUGUUCCCAUCGAGCCCCUGGAUACCGUACAGACUGAUGGAAGUCGACCUGAGUCACAACGAGAUACCCGUCGUCACGCUCGACUUGACACACGGCACCAAAACUGUCAAAAAGCUGAAUCUGUCGAGCAAUUAUAUUAACGAUAUUAGAAACAAUGUGCUUGGUAACUUAACAUCGCUAGAAAUUUUGGAUCUGUCAAGUAAUCAACUCAAAGAUCUGGUCUCGAGAAGCUCGGACACAAAAUUUAGUUUACCAGAAAACCUUACAUAUCUUUACAUACAGAACAAUUCCUUAGAAUCGCUACCGAUCGACAAGUUAAAGAAAAAUAAACUUAAGCGCAUCGACUUAAGGCACAAUUUGCUAACAAGCUUCUACCCGGAGUUGGUCAAGAAAAUAUUAAGUGAGGGAUUGGAAGUAUAUUUUGAUGAUAAUAAAUUAAGGUGCGACUGCCUUACGCGGCCUUUAAAGCAUUAUUUGAACAAACUGCCAAAAUCCACGCUAGAUGGUGAUGACAAAUACAAAAACAUCAGUUGCGCCGAGCCGCCUCUGUUGGAGAACGAGAAUUUCUUGUCUGUGGAUGAAGAGAGACUGCUGUGUGACAACAGUGAGCAAGAUGGCAAUACUGAGUUUGUGUUCACAGCGGAACCGGAUGUAGCGUUCAGGGAUGUGCAAUACUCCCAGCCAGCUAUAUACGCGAAUUGGUUCAUUCUGAGCACAGAAGACAUCGCCGACUUUUACAUUUACAUACGCGAUAAAAACAACACCCUGUAUUACAACAAAGACGUCUCAUACAAUCUACGCUCACUGACAAUAAACAUCGACGAAAAUCUCCGCACGUCACUACAAAAAGGCGGCGCUUUUGACAUUUGCAUUCAGGCCAAAACGUCAGCGGGCUUCGCGCGCAAAUGGUUUGACAGCCAAUGUCAGACGAUGCCUUCGAAUUUCGAAUCUUGGGCGAAGAAGUUGAAUGUCGAUAAAAGGAGGUUGACGAAAAAGAAGUCUUAUAGAUGGUUCUCAAAUAACGUUCUCGGAUUAGUCAGCGAUUCAAUAUUGAUUACUUUAUGUAUAUUUCUUGGUGUUUGUUUUAGACGGCUGGCAGAUAUUGAUCUCUGAUCCAUUCACAUAUGUUUUUUUUUUGGAACAGAUGGGCAAAAGUGGGUUACCUGAUAGGUAUGUGAUCGCCACCGCUUGGUUUUAGAACUUCAUUACAAUUGUUGCCGGUUGAGGAAGCUGCAGAAUUAUUUUGAAGAUAUUUACUUUAGAAGACAUAUUUUACUUCUAACAUAAAUACUAAGCGGUUCUUGUUUUCAAAAGAGUUUUAUGCGAAGCUAAUGUUUAGAUAUGAUGAAUAUUCGAGUUGAUUACAAAAUGGAGCCGCCAUUUUAAUUUUACCGCCAACGUCACUAAAAAUUUCGCGCCCAAAAUGAUUUGACAGGAAAUGUUAAGACAUUGCUUUUUAUUUCGUUUUGUGAAAAAUAUUUAAAUGAAAUGAACAUCGAAUUAUAUAAAAUAAUUAUUGCUCGUUUAAUCAUUCUGUGUUCUUUAAUGAUGCUGGGACCGGAUCAUGGUCUGUCUGCCCUUAAAGAUGUUCAAUAAAUUGAAUGACUAUUUUUAAAAUGUAAUUUUUACAAAUACCAUUCCGGAGUCCAUCGUGUACAAGACUGCCUCACUUCCAACGAUAUAUUUUUUUUAAUAUAUAGUUAUAUAUAUAUAUACUUAAUGUUUACUUAAUAUAUUAUUAUAGAAUAACUAUGUCACAAUUUGACUAAGUAUUAACUGUGAUAAUAUACCGUCCAUUAUACUGUUACUAAUAGAUUUAUAUUGUUAAGUAUAAAUAUCACAUUUUUUAUUGUCUUUUAAUUUGUAUUUUUUUUAUUAAAUUUCAUUUUUUUAAAUUUUAUGUUACUUCGCUUUAAAUAUGUUUACAGUCUGUAAUAUGUAAGAUGUUUAUUUACAAUUCUUAGCUACGAAAAGGGGGGGAGGGGUAAAUACGCAUGAUACCUUACCGCACCCCUUGUGAUCUUUCCGACCCUUUCGAUCCUCGUGAGAUUAAUGUUACCUAAAAAUAACAGUUACCUACACAACAGCCAUUGAACGGCAUUUUUAUAAUAUAAUAGCUGACCUGACAGACGUUGUUCUGUACAUAAUGAAUAAACUGUCUUUUAUGAAUUUUGUCAAUAAUAUUUCGUAACAUCAAGAAUUAUUUCGUAAAAUAUGCUCCCUGUUGUUUCAUUGAAAUUGUUUCACAGCAGAACUGUCAAACCGUGCGUCAAUAAAUUCUCUCAUAGAAAAUAUUUCCAUAUAUAACAAAUAUUGGAAAUAGAAAUAAUUAUGGGUCCCAAAUCAAAAUAAAUACUAUCCUAUCUCUCAAGUUGGACUAAACUGCAUUCCAUGAAGUAAUCCCCUUUCAAAUCCGUUUAUUGGUUUUGAAGUUCACUGGAAACAAACAUCAGGACACUUAUUAUAUUAAUUACGAUUUAAAUUUGAGAUAAAAAAUAUAGAAUUAUUAUUAUAGUUGUCGAUGUUCAGAAUACUCAAUUAGAAUUAUUUUUGUCUCCAAUAAAAACAUUUGCUGUAUUUAUUUUUAUUAAUUAUUUAAAGUCACAUGACAUAAUAAUAUAGACUUAAUUUAUUUAUUAAGUUUCGACUUUGCUGUGAUAAUUUUUCGUCCUUAUUUUACAUUUAUUACUCAAAU